GUGUAAAGCCUUAAGGAGGAGACAAUUUGCAAACACAGAAGUGGAGGAGAGGGAUUGGCUGAGCGAUGAUUACGUCACUUUAAUGCGACCCCAAAGACUCUCGGAAAUAACGUGUGAGCAGCAAGCAUUGCUGAGCCGAUAACCUGCAAUGGACUAUUUUUCUAACCCUGGGACGCUUUCAGUGGCAGCAGGUAUAGCAUGUGGACUUUUACUUGGCUGGGGUCUUAGGGGUCGUUAUUCCCGCUCCAGUAACAUUACAACUUUGGCUUUAAAAGAGGCUGGAAGUGACACAAGCAUUAUGGGAGAGAGUGGCGAGUUUAAAAUGGUAUUGGUUGUCCGCAAUGAUUUGAAAAUGGGUAAAGGAAAAGUUGCUGCACAAUGCUCCCACGCCGCUGUGUCUGCCUAUAAACAACUUCUCAAGAGAAACCUGGAACUGCUCAAACAAUGGGAAUAUUGUGGGCAGCCUAAAGUAGUGUUAAAAGCACCUGAUGAAGACACCUUAAUUGAACUUCUCACUCAUGCUAAGCAAGUGGGGUUGACCAUUAGUUUGAUACAAGAUGCUGGUCGCACUCAGAUAGCACCAGGUUCAAGAACUGUUCUCGGUGUGGGACCAGGUCCUGCUGAAUUAAUUGACAAGGUGACUGGACAUUUAAAGCUUUAUUGAAGCAAUAGCUAAGUACCACAUUGUUGUUUUAAUGUUUGACAAUAAAAUUUCUUUUGGUGGUAUAAUCGUAAAA